AUCGUGAUUGUUGACAGAUCCCCACAAACUGUGCAAGCAAGAGAGUGCCUCAUUCGCUAGGGUUUCCUUCUCACCCACUCUCUCACUCUCUCACUCUCUUGUAGCCAUGGCUCAGGCUCUUCGGCAACGGGUUGGUAGUCUGUUGAGUCGACCUGUUGCCAGCCCUCUCAGCCAGACUGCACGCGAUGGAGCCGUGGCCAAGCGCUUCUUCGCUUCCAAGUCUCAUGCACAUGACGACGCCGAGGAGACGGCGAAAUGGCGUAGCAUCACAAUUGCAGCUUACAUAAUGUGUGUUGGUAUGGGCAUCUACACACUUGCUAAUGAGGAACAUGGUCAUGGAGGAGAGACACCGGGAUAUUCUUAUUUGCACAUCCGUAACAAGCAGUUCCCAUGGGGACCUGACGGCUUAUUCGAGUACAAGCACGAAAGUCAUGGAGAACACUAAUUAGUUCUUGGUUUUCUCGUGUCGAUCAGUUUUGUAAUCAAGCUGAUUCGUAGACUGCUUGUGAACAAGCUUGAUUUUUGCCGAGCGUUCCAUCUUGGUAUCCCCAUUUGCAUGAUGUCAAUUUCCUCAACACAAUGGAUCUGAAUAAUACGCAUGAAAAUUUUAGUUUUGUAGGUUCAUUUGUUGUGCUUAUGGAAUAACAAUUUCUCUUUUUUAAACUUA